AUGCAGAAUCUCAGUUUGCCGGUGCGUACGACGCCGAGUCGGCGGAAUCAGGAGAGCAGGAGCUACUUCACCAGUUACACGCCGCCGAGCUCGACGGAGGCGAUUAAUGGCCCGGUGAGGGAGCCGGUGAGGGAGCAGCCGCCGAUGACGGAUCGGCUGAUUGUGGGAGUGGAUUUUGGAACGACAUUUUCGGGUGUCGCCGCGGUAUAUACAUCAACGCCGGAUGACGUCGAAAUCAUCAAGACGUGGCCAGGCGGCAAUGGAAUCACCUCAGACAAAGUCCCCACGGAGAUUGCAUACAGCUUCCCAGCCAACGACUCAACCGGCGCCGAGCCCACUGUGAAAUGGGGGUUCCAGUUCAAGCCAGACGAGUCACGGCUGCGAUGCAUCAAGCUGUUCCUCGAUCGCUCCCAGAAACUCCCCUUUUACGUCAGCCCGCUGGACACGGCGGCGCAACUCAAGAAAUUCAACAAGAACGUCGUGGAUGCUGUUAGCGACUACCUGACCCAGAUUUACAAGCACACCAUGGAUACCCUGACGCGGCGCUACGGCGAGUCGUUUAUGGCGUCGACAAAGGUCGAGUUUGUGCUGACGUGCCCGGCGGUAUGGAGCGAUGCGGCCAAGAAUACGACGCUGCAGGCGGCGGAGCGGGCGGGCAUGGGGAGCAGGUCGGAGAUUCAGAUGAUUAGCGAGCCGGAGGCGGCGGCGGUUUAUACGCUCAAGGCGAUUCAGCCGAAUCAUUUGAACAUUGGUGAUAAUUUCAUCGUUUGUGAUGCAGGCGGUGGAACGGUAGACUUGAUUGCGUACAAAAUUAUAUCCCUGAAACCACUGAGAGUCGAGGAAUCUGCAGUGGGAACGGGAGGACUGUGUGGAAGCGCGUUCCUGAAUUACAGGUUUGAGGAGCAUGUCCGGACCAGGCUAGGCCAGGCCCGGUUCGACGAGAUGAAGACGAAAAAGGGCAAGACGUGGCAGAUGGGCCUGCGAUACUUUGAAGAGUUUGUCAAGCGCAAUUUCAACGAGGAUGAACACCAGGAGAUUAAUGUUCCCUUCCCUGGUCUUCCCGACGAUGAAGAAGCAGGACUCGACUCGGGAUUCAUGGUCAUGAGCGCCGAGCAGAUCAAGGACAUCUUCGAGCCCGUCGUUAAGGAGGUCUGUGAUCUGGUACAAGGCCAAGUCGAAGGCCUCCGCGGCAAGGGCGGCAUCGUCUCCGGCAUCGUGUUAGUCGGCGGCUUCGGCCAGAGCGACUAUCUCUACCGACGGCUCAAGUCACACUUCUCGAGCGCCGCGCCGCCGCCGUAUAGCGAGCGGCCAACGCAUGCCAACGCAAAUUCAUCGCAGGACAGCGGGUCCAUUGAGGUGAUGCAGCCGGUGUAUGCGUGGACGGCGGUCGUGCGCGGAGCGGUGCUGAGGGGCCUGGAGGGCAACAUGGUGAUUUCGAGAAAAUCGAGGAUGCACUAUGGAACGUCGUUUGCGACGGUGUAUGAUGAGGAGAAGCACUCUGUGAGCGAGCGAUACUGGUCGCCGCUGUGGGAGCGGUGGAUGGUAUCAGAUCGGAUGCAGUGGCACAUUGCCAAGGGUGAAUCGCUCUCUCCUCUAUCCCCUAUUGCUUUCCACUACACCCGCAACUUUCGUCCCGGCCAGUCGCUCAUUGUGACGGACGACCUGAUUGCGUGCGACGCUGACGACCCGCCCGCGGCGUACACGCGGGAUCUGGUCAACGUGUGCACGCUGACGACGGAUCUGAAUGCGGUGCCGAGGAGCUUGUUUACGAGGUUGACCACGACGAGGGGCGUGGAGUUUGACAAUCUCGAUUUCACGCUGGAGAUGAUUGUGGAUAGCGCGGGGUUGGGAUUUGAGCUCAAGGUGGAUGGGCACCACUUCACCUUGACAGAACAAAAGACUGCCUGUGACAAGACUCAGCCGCACUGCAACAAUUGCGUUAAAAAAGGCCGGCAAUGUCUGGGCUACGGCUUGAAGCUGUCGUGGCCGCGAAAGGGCGAUGAGCGCCGGUCUGCGUCGCUGCAUAAGAAGCACUUCAUCAUCCCGGUGCGGUCCAAGGAGGCGAUUUUUGUGCAUGCGACGAGUGAGGAUGUCAGGGCGUCGCAGGAGAACGCUCUGUCGAAGUAUGAAGCGGUUGAGCAUUGGUGGGUGAGGCAGCCGGACCUGAAUAUGGCCAAGGUAGAUCCUUUUCUAUCUACCAAUUCCUGGAGCCCCGUUGCGCGGAUCUUGUCGUCCAGCAACCGCAACGACGAGCUCUACGGCCUGCUGGUCCGAAUGGCCUUUCAGGACGACAGCCUGCCGUCACUGGCCUCGCGAUAUGCCAUCAGCGCGCUGUCGUACCAGCAUCUGGCCAUGGAAAAGGCCGCGGUGAUGCACCAGACGGCGGCGAUUCGCGCUCUCCAGACGGCGAUUGAGACGGCAAAGGCGGCAGAGUGCAUGCAGAUGAUGGCGGCGAGCAUGCUGCUCAACAUAUACGAGACACUGAACUUUGAUACCUCGGAUCUCAACUGGGCCAUCUUCUUCUGCGGCACAAAGAGGCUCGCCAACAUGAUCACCAAGCAGCACGACACUUAUUUCGGAGACGAGGCAAUGAUUAUCGACUGGAUCUUUUAUCACGAUGCAAUGUACAAGUUUAGUAUUCGGCACUGGGGGAAGAGGAAUCAGGACCAGAUUCAUCUGGCGGGGCAGAGAAAAGUUCUUUCCAAGGCCGUGUUUUCACCUGAGAGGCAGACUAUUGUGCCCAUCCUUGGCUGCUCCUUGGAACUCUUGGACCUCUUAUGCCAGGUCGUCGACAACGUCUACGAGCCCGGCCACCCCAACUACCUCUCCGAAUCCCACCUCAAAGCCGUCCGCUCCCUCGAAAUCCGCCUCAAAUACCUCGAGCAGCGCCAAGCCGCCGUCCUACCCAGCGACACAAAGCAAGUCACGCAGGAAACCCAAAUCGCCGAGCUCUUCCGCCUCGCCGCCACCAUCUACCUCCUGCGCAUGGCAAAAGGCGAGUCCGAAACGUCCAAAUGCCUCGCCAGCGCCAUGGACCAGGCCUUUCAGAUUCUCAACGAGAUUGAGUACUGCGACCGGCCCUGGCCGCUAUUCAUCAUCGGGCUGGAGUCGCGGACGGAGGAGCAGCGCACGUGCAUGGCUCAGGUGCUGGAGAGCUCGGUGAAGCGACGGCCGCUGGGAUCCAUGACGCUGGUCAAGCGGAUGGUGCCGGAUGCGUGGACGCAGCAGGAUCUGAGGGAGCUGCCGAUGGAGCCGUUUACGCUCUACGACAUGAUUAUUGGGCGGAACCGAGUGACGCCGUGCUUCACAUAA